CAGCUGACAGCUGUCAUAGUUGAUUGACGUUUAUUUCAUUGUAGCAAUUUGAGGUUAGAAAAAUAUAAAAACAACGACGAACGAAACUAAAUAUGUCUAAAUCAGUUGCUAGAUUAAAAUCAAUGAAAAAAGUAGCUGAUAAAAUAGACCAUUCGUCCAAAUUAAGAACCAAUGUACCAGCCGGUAUGGCCGCUGCGGGACCCCCUUUAGGUCCUAUGCUGGGACAGCGUAAUAUAAACAUAGCAGCCUUUUGCAAGGAUUUUAAUGAACGCACUGCUAACAUAAAGCCAGGCAUACCAUUGCCUACGAGAGUCAAAGUGAAUUCUGAUCGAUCUUAUCAACUUACCAUUCACCAACCUCCAGCUUCGUAUUUCAUAAAGCAGGCUGCUGGUGUCAACCGAGGUGCUAUGCAUCCUGUAAAUGAGAUAUGCGGCAAAAUAACACUGAAACAUAUUUACGAAAUUGCAAAAAUUAAAUCACAGGAUCCACCUUUGGAAUGGAGGCCAUUACAAGAAAUAUGUACAAUGCUUAUAGCUACAGCAAGAACAUGUGGUAUUGAAGUUGUCCGAGACCUAGAUGCUAAGGAAUAUGGUGAAUUUCUUCAAGAAAGAAAACAAAUAAUUGAAGAGCAAAAGAAAAUGUUGCAAGAAAAACGUGAAGCUAAAAUGUUGAGAACAGCAUAGGUAAUUUGUUGUUAGUUAUAUAUAUAAUUUGUAGGUAUUGUAAAUUUAGAUCAAAUAAUAAAAACACAGUAAUUCUUAGUAAGUGUUUUAUUAGAUAUGAACUAUGACACUAAACCAUUUAUGAGAUUUAUGUAUUAUGCUAUGGACAAAGAUAAUAAUUUCAUUUAAUUAUUGAUCAAUUUUUAUAAGAAAAUAAUUGGGAACUAUAAGAAUGUUGCUCAGUCUACAGUUUACAACUAAAGUUAGUACUAAAAAUCAACAACACUAACCACAACACUUGAUAGAAUAUAUUUAACGUAGAAUACCACUGCUGUAACACUUGUAUGUAUACAGUAACGAUUUUAGCUAAUAGCGCCUUCUUUUAUUUACCAUACUUUUGGAGUGUGAGUUUGGAUUGUAAGACUGUCAUAUAUAGAUCUGUGGCGUCCCUUUCUGUUCAGUGGCCUGUGCAAUCGCCCAACCGCGUCACACAGGCAGUGUUAACAUAGUUCAACAAACUUAUCUGGGCCGAUUAGAGGUGCUGCUAUUGCAGUUGCUUUUGUCACAGAGUAUAUAAAACCUACAUAGGCACAGAAAAUGACUUAAAAGAAAAAAUAUGACAAGACAGCUACAGUAUGAUCUUGUGACAAUUUUUUGACAUCGAUAAGGGGCGCAAGUGAGCUAUCGUUAUUUUGACUUAUGCCCACCAGGUCAGAUAUCUUUGUUGGUCUAUCAAAGUGUUACAGCAGUCUAAUUUCACGGUUAAGAUAACACUAUAUACAAGCAUAAUUUAUUGAGCACCUAAAUUACACCUGUCAACAUAAUAGACUCAUUUUGACACACAUAAUAAACAUAUUCACAUGUCACUUACAGAUUUGUAACAUAAAAUUAUAACAAAUAGUA